AUGCUUUCAGAGUACCUUUUCCUUCUCCAACGAUCCUUUUGUUCCCGCAGGGAGCCGGUGGAUGAAGUCCUCCAAAUCCCCCCUUCGCUGCUGACAUGUGGCGGUUGCCAGCAGAACAUUGGGGACCGCUACUUCCUGAAAGCCAUUGAUCAGUACUGGCACGAAGACUGCCUGAGCUGUGACCUGUGUGGCUGCAGGCUUGGGGAAGUGGGGAGACGACUGUAUUACAAACUGGGCAGAAAGCUCUGCAGAAGGGACUAUCUCAGGCUCUUCGGCCAGGAUGGCCUCUGCGCCUCCUGCGACAAGCGGAUCAGGGCGUACGAGAUGACCAUGCGGGUGAAGGACAAAGUGUACCACCUUGAAUGCUUCAAAUGCGCUGCUUGCCAGAAACAUUUCUGUGUUGGGGACAGAUACCUCCUCAUCAACUCGGACAUAGUGUGUGAACAGGACAUCUAUGAGUGGACUAAGAUAAAUGGAAUGAUCUAGCCAAGACGUGGCCUCGUAGCCUAUAAAAGACAUCUCUGGGUGACACCAAUGCAUAGCUGCCCUGAGGAGAUCAUCACCUGAGCUAUGGGCUUUGUCUAAAAUGGGGGCAAAACACCACGGAGUCGGCCCUUGGCAGGCAGUGCUACGUAGAAUCUAAACUACAUAUAGGUGAAGAAGGCAGACCGAAGCAAUAGUAGAUAGACUGACUUCUGUUAACA